AUGUCUCAGAAUAGAGCAAUAGCUGACAAACCAGAAGAUUCAAAUAUCGAGUUUGCAUCCGAGAGAAGCUCAAUCCAAAAUAAAAAUGAAGACGAUAUCAAUAAUCAUUUAGAGGAUGGAGUCAUUUCACUGCAAGAGGGUGAUGUCGCUUAUACAUUGAAAGAUCUUAAGAGGCUCACACUUCGUUGUGAUCUUAUUAUCAUCUCGAUGAUCGGAGUUUGUUAUAUCUUCUUCUAUAUUGUUCAAACCACACUUUCUUAUGCUGCCAUUUUUGGUAUCAAAAAGGACUUGCACCUUGAAGGAGAUCAGUAUUCAUGGCUUUCGUCGAUUUUUUAUUUUGGGUUUAUAGCUUGGUGCUUCCCGAAUAAUUAUCUCUUGCUUAAGUUCCCGGUAUCAUAUUUGCUUGGGCUCAACAUUUUCCUUUGGGGCAUGUUCCUUUGUUUUCAGGCAGCUUGUAGUUCCUACGGAGGCCUUCUAGCUUGUCGAUUCCUUGGCGGAGCGGUUGAAUCUAUUGCUGACCCGUCAUACUUGUUGAUUACUUCAAUGUGGUAUACCAGAAGAGAGCAGCCUCUUCGUAUCGGUAUUUGGUACACUUUCAAUGGAAUUGGGGUGGCUUUUGCUGGAUUAUUAGGGUAUGCCAUAGGGCACAUAAAAGGUGCUUUACCAUCUUGGAAAUAUGAGUUCAUUGUUAUUGGAACACUCUGUAUGGCAUGGGGAAUUUUUAUUUUCUUUGCGAUGCCCAAAAAUCCAAUGCAAAACCGUUAUUUUAAUGAUCGGGAAAAGAAGAUCCUUGCUCAUAAGUUGAGGGGAAACCAAACGGGAAUAGAAACGAAAAUUUUCAAAUGGUACCAAGUGAAAGAAGCGUUUUUGGAUCCAAAGAUGUACCUACUAUUCUUGAUGUGUUUUUUUGGAAAUAUUCCUAAUGGAGUCACUUCCAACUUUGGUACAAUGAUUGUCAAUGCCCUUGGGUUCGAUACUCUUGGUACCACUCUCCUUCAAAUUCCUUACGGUGCUUAUAUUGCCCUUUGUAUCAUUUCUGCGGUUCUUAUUAAUGAUAAAUUGCACACUAAAUUAAAGAAAAAUUUCCGUUGUAUCAUUGCAAUUUUUUAUUUGUUCGGUAAUGUUGCUGGUUCCGCUUGUUUGUAUGCUGUUGAUCAAAAACAUCACGCUGGAAAGCUCAUUGCUUACUACUUAACUGGGACUUACAAUGCAUCGUUUGUUUUAAUCAUGUCUUUGUCAACAUCCAAUAUUUCUGGUUACACGAAAAAGAUUAUUUUUAAUGCCUUUAUAUUUUUGGGUUAUUGUGUUGGGAAUAUCGCUGGUCCUUUCUUCGCCAAGUCAGAUCAAGCUGCCAACUCUUAUCCAUUAGCUUCCGGUGCUAUGCUUUUCUCUAACGCUGCCGAAAUUCUUUGUCUUGUGAUUUUCUUUUUCUACGCCAAAUGGCAGAAUGAAAAACGAGACAAAGAGCAAGGUAUAGCCCCUGGUCAGGAAGCAUCAAAUAUUGAGGACAAUUUUGAGGAUUUGACUGAUUAUGAAAACCGCAACUUUAGAUAUAUUUAUUAG